CGGUGGGCGUGGCCUCGCGCGCGGCCCCGCCCCCUCGGCCCGCGUCUGGCUCCCGGAGGCGGCAACCGCUCGGGCUCGGUCCUUCCCUGUUGUCGGGGCGCCGCGGCCUCGGGCUCCGGUGGCCAUGGGGGACCCCAGCAAGCAGGACAUCCUGGCCAUCUUCAAGCGCCUCCGCUCCGUGCCCACCAACAAGGUGUGUUUCGACUGCGGCGCCAAGAACCCCAGCUGGGCCAGCAUCACCUACGGGGUGUUCCUCUGCAUCGACUGCUCGGGGGCGCACCGCUCCCUCGGGGUCCACCUGAGCUUCAUUCGGUCCACAGAGCUGGACUCCAACUGGUCCUGGUUCCAGCUUCGCUGCAUGCAGGUCGGAGGCAAUGCGAACGCCUCGUCCUUCUUCCACCAGCACGGCUGCGCCACCACCGACACCAACGCCAAGUACAACAGCCGGGCGGCCCAGCUGUACCGGGAGCGGGUCAAGGCGCUGGGCACCCAGGCCACCCGCAAGCACGGCACGGACCUGUGGCUGGAAAGCUGUGCGGCCCCCGGCCCGGCCCCCGCGCCCUCCGAGGAGGAUUUCUUCGCCUCUCACACGGCUCUGGAGGUGAGCAGCACCGGACAGGUGCCGGCACCCCCAGAGUCUCCGUCCCCGGGACUGUGGACCACGGACACCACACCGGGCCCUGCUGAAGGUGAAGCUGAGAAAGGCCCAAGCGUGGAAGGUCUGCAGGGGCCCACCAAGGCUCCCUUAGAGAUUUCCUCUAUCAUAAAAAAAAAACCAACUACAGCCAAAAAAGGACUGGGGGCCAGGAAGGGCGGCCUGGGCGCGCAGAAGCUGGAGAACGCGAGCUUCACGGAGAUCGAGCGGCAGGCCCACGCGGCCGACAUGGCCAAGGAGCAAGAGGAGCACCGUGCCCGCGCGGCCGCCCGGGAGGAGCCCCUCGUCUCGUCCUUGCGGUUGGCUUACCAGGACCUCACGAUCCAAAUGAAGAAAGACGAAAAGGCGAACCUGAGCGGCAGGAAGAAGCCGGAGUCGGAGCGGCUGGGCAUGGGCUUCGGGGGCUCCCGGAGCAUUUCACAUUCAGUGACUUCAGACCUGCAGACCAUUGAGCAGGAAACUCCUGUCGUAGCCAAACCGAGGAAGAAAUACAGUGACGACAACGAUGACUCGUACUUCACCUCCAGCUCAAGGUACUCGGACGCGCCCCUGGAGACGAGGAGCACGUCCUUCUCCAGCUGGGACGACAGCUCCGACGCCUUCUGGAAGAAGGAGACCAUCAAGGACCCCGAGGGGGCUCUGAAGGCCACGGGCUACUUGGACAGACCCGCCGCUCGCCGCAAGCCGGACUACGCCCCCGUGGAGAGCACAGACGAGGCCCAGAAGAAGUUCGGCAACGUCCGGGCCAUCUCGUCGGACAUGUACUUCGGGAGGCAGGCCCAGGCCGAUUAUGAGACCAGGGCCCGGCUGGAGCGGCUCUCGGCCAGCACGUCCAUCAGCUCGGCUGACCUAUUUGAUGAGCAGCGGAAGCAGGCGGCGGGGACCUACAACCUGGCCAGCGUGCUGCCCACCGCGCCUGACAUGGCCCAGCUCCGGCAGGGGGUGCGCUCUGUGGCCGGGAAACUCUCCGUCUUUGCCAACGGGGUCAUGACCUCCAUCCAGGACCGCUACGGCUCCUAGUCCCCGGGCCACGCAGCUCAGCCGAGGAGAGGCACCAGCCGGGCCGCCCGCUCACCCCCGCCCGGCCCCUGCGACUCUUCCUGCCACCUCCU